CUGGGCAUUGGAGGAGAGCUUGUCCUAAGCAGAAGGCAUCCAAUGAGUCCAAACGGGCGCGGCUAGUAACUACGAACAAGACAUCCCAAAAAGACGAACUUCCGGUAGUGAGGAUAACGGCGUGUGACCAACCAAAGGUCAAGGAGGUGCCGAAAAGAAUCAAGCCGGUAGGCGACAGAAAUAGUCUUUCGGCUAUGGUCGAUUCUGGGGAUGAGAUUUCGGUCGUAAGGGAAUCAUUGGUGGCGGAAACGAAGGGGGAAAUCCAACAGGUUGGAUCCUUCGGUCACCGGAUUGAUUCGGUAACGAUCCCGAUAGGGCUGUGGGAGGAAGACCUCACAGAAUCGUAUGAGCCGGCGAUGGUGACUUGUGUCGUAAACAGACAAAUUACACCAACCCACGGAUGCUCUAGUAUCAGAAGGGGAUCACCGGAUGUUAUUAGACCGAAAGGAGAAACUCCAGGAGAAGGGAGAAAGACAUUUAAAGGACUCAAAGGUAGAUGGCAACGGAAACCAUCAGAAAAGGGAGCCGGAACCUCUCUCAGAGGCGGAGCGUAGUGAAAUUAGCGACGAAAAAGGGGAAGGAACGGAAUUACGAGACGCCCAAGUCCGGGACGAGUCACUUUCUCGAUUGUGGGAGGCCGCUAAGUGUAAGAAAGAUGGGUUAACUGUAGAGGACGGGAUACUAUAUCGGCGAGAUAGUUCGUUCGGCAGGCCCAUUAAUCAGGUAGUUGUUCCCCAAGAACGGAGAACGGAAGUGUUAGAUUUAGCACACAAAGCUCCGUGCGGUGGACAGUUUGGCAGUCAGAAAUUAGCAAGUCGCGUUCGCGAGGGCUUACAUUGGCCGGGAAUGGCGACCGACAUCUGGAAGUACUGCCAGGAUAGUCGUAGGUGCUUAGUAAAAGCGCCUGAUCUAGUCCUAGAUAGGACCCCAGCUACACCACUUACUCGAUUCUCAAUCCCUUUUCAAGUGCUUAACAUAGGCGUGAUUGUACCGAUUGAUCCCUGGUCAUCUAACAGUCAUCGAUACGCAGUUAGCAUAAUCGCAUUAUGCACCCGCUGGUCAGAAGUGGAACGGAUGAGAUCGCUGUCAGCGAUGGUCACUUGUUCGGUAUUGAUGCGAUUCUUUACGCGGACGGGUUGUCCCAAACUGAUGUGGUACUAUCAGGGGACCUAUUUCACCGCAGGAUUGACGCGUGAAAUGACCCGUAGGUUAGAAGUAGGGAAUGUAGAGAUGGAUCGGAUCAAAGCGGUCCACGAUAUUACAACUAAGCAUACGGACGUAAAACGAGAAGAGAAUGAAGUGCCUUACAACAUGGAAGCACGGAAAAAGGGAUAUAACAUCGAGGAUACGGUUCUCGUAGAAAAGUCUUCCCCGGGUGACAAAUUGGAUGUCCAGUGGGAAUGGCCGGAUGUGGCAGAAAAGCGAAUAUUCGCUUUACGAAUAGUACUUGGUUUCGAUGGGAGAUUCGGGGAACUGGAUCAAGCUCCGUCCCCGCGACAGCUGUACGAUCGCGGACGAUGGGACGGGAGAGUAAGGAGAGUUCCUCCGCUUCCCCCCGACGUCGGCACAUACGGAGCGGGAUGA